UUACAGCUCUGCACUAAAAAAAAGGGAAAUGGUAACUGCAAUAUUGAAGAAUUACUAUUCAACCCGCAAGACAAUUUAUAUAUUAGACUAUAAUAAUAAUAAUAAUAAUAAUAAUAAUAGAGGUGUGUUUUGUUUGUUUAGUUGCGAAAUUACGAAAAUAGGCAUGAAUUGGCGUCGUAUUUGCGUUGAGGCUUAGGCUCGAUUUGCUCCAGUUUCCCACCUCACCUAGAAAAUGGAUUCAGUUCCAAAACCAUCAAUAUUUUCUCUCUCCUAAGCUCUUCAAUCUCUCUCUCUCUCUAUGCACGCACCCUUGAUUAGGGUUUGAGGACAAAGUGCUACCCACACUCGCAUAAGGGGAAAGAUAAAAGGCGCUUAAAAUUGUACCCCACCUGAAAAGGAAAUUACAUGCAAAACCACAUUUUUGUCUGCUUGAAUACAAGGUAAAAAAACUUAGGGUUUUUCAACAAUUGGGUUGUUUUGCUCUUUUGCCCCUUUCAUGAAUUGCAAGAAUUUCGGCAAUCGAUGUUACUGCAAUUUCAUGGUAUAUGAAUGGAUUUUGCGGUUUUUGCGGCCGAUUAUCCCUCGUUUCUGGUAGCCCUAGCAGCAACUAUUUUCUGUUUGAUUCUCGCGAGCGCUGUGAUUUUCCGGAGACUCAAGUUCGGACUGAGCCGUUCCGAUUGCGCGAGCACGACUGAGGGGAGGGGAAUUGGCGCUGGGGAAAUGACUGCGCGGCUGACUGAGAAUGGUGGGGAGAAGGCGGCGGUAGAGAGGCAGUCGGGGGCGUCGAUGAUGGAGCAGCUGGUGCCUGAGAUCACCACGCAUGCCCUGAGUUACUUGGAUUAUCCGAGCCUCUGCCGCCUCUCCAUGACGAAUUCGCUCAUGCGGAAAGCUGCCAAUGAUGACAAUGCGUGGAAGGCGCUCUACCAUAAGGAUUUCACGUUGGAGCAAGACAAUGUAACCCCAUCUAAUGGGUGGAAAGCUUAUUACGCUGCUACAAGAGCUGUUGUUACUGUAAAUGCUGAAUUUUUUAGGAUUAUCAGGGAAAGAAUGCUUCAAGCUAUGCGUCAGUUUUGGCUUCAUGCUGAUUAUGUGAAGUGUUUUCAUGCAACUGGGGAGUCAUUUAGUGGUUACAAUGCAGUGAUGGGGAGCUGGCAGCUAGCAUUUACCUGGGAGAAUGUGGCUGAUUUCCAGAUACGAGAUGUGAGGGUUCGUGUAACGUCAAGUAUGGCUUGGGUCACGAUGAAAGCUUACCUUGACAUCGGAGCUGGUCCGUUCAAUGUGACGAAUGUAUACGAGUUGCAUGACGGGAGAUGGUACAUGGUGCACCAUCACUGCUCGGCGUUGCUGAUGCACGGCGGAGGAGGCCAACAACUUGUGCAUGUGUAAAGGAAGGUAGAUUGGUAGACGAUGAGAAUCAAUUCAUGUUGAUGAUGAUGAUGAAGCAGAUUCAUCAUAGUUGAGAAAAAAAAGAUGUAUUUGGGGGAAUUUUAUUCAUGUGCUUGCUUUUUUUUCUUCCCCACCUUUGAAUUCUUGGUGCCUUAGUUUUAUUGGCUAAUUUUAUGGCAAAAUACUUGCACAGAGCAAAGUUUUUCUUCUUUA